ACGUAGUCCAGCAGCAGACUAAGCUCAUCGCUCUGUCCUCGUGACGGUGAGGAUGAGGGCAGGUGUGUGCGUGUCCUGUUCACUUCAGCGCCACACAGGAAGUGAAGACAGUCGUGUAGAAAGCUGCUGCCGCCGCACAGAGACAACCAGAGCUGCUGCACAGGAGACAACAUGACGGACAUGCACACCUUUCUGCUGCUCACCUGUCUGCUCCUCACAGUCUUUGUGUUUCCAGGUAUAAGGUGUGAAAAGGACUCAGUGUUUGUGUACAGCAGACUUGGAGGUGAGGUGAUCCUGCCAUGCACCAAACCGGUUUCCCGGGACUGCUCCCUCAUCUCCUGGACCUUCUACAUAGGAGGCCAGGUGCGGUACACUGUCGAGGUCAGCAGGGGGCAGGUGAGGAUGGACUCAGACAAGUCCAGCCGCAUGUCCGUCACAUCCAACUGCUCACUGAGCCUCCGGGACCUGAGGGUGGACGACGCCGGCUCCUACGUGUGCCUGUUGGACCGACAGCCCGUCACUGACGUUUACCUGUCCCUCCUCACCAUCACUUCACUUUCCACCAUCACUGAACUGCAGCCUGGAGGAACCCUCAGCCUGAACUGCAUCCUGUUCACGUACUACGACGUCGGGAGCUGCAAGCCUUAUUCCAGCACGUUCAACCUCAGCUGGGUGGCUGAAGAUGGGACUCAGCUGCCCGAUGACAGCAGAUACGAGCUGAUUGGCCACACUCGCUGCAACAUCACGCUGGUGACUAACCUCGGGAGGGAAGACAACAACAGGAAGUGGAGGUGUCAAGUGAACACCAAAGACAACAGCAGGGUGUCGUUUCUGGACUUCACAUCCACCUUUUUGUUUGACGGUCCUCCCUCCAACCAGAGUCUGGUUUCUUCAUCUGUCUCCGACCGUCUGGUCCACCUGCCCAUCAGCCGCAUCAUGCUCUGCGUGGCUCUGCCGCUCAUGGCGUUCAUAGUGGCAGUCGUCACACGGAGAGAAGACCGUCAGAAGGCCAAAACAUCCGCAGCUGCCAUCGAGCUCCAGGAAGUCAACUGACUGUUCAUCUCUGCAUCCGUUCUGGUGUGACUGCAGGCUUCAAGGAGCUUCUGUCCUGCACGUCGUCUUUCCUUUAUGAGUGCUAAGAUUUGGGUCAAACUUAUCAGCAGGCCUGUUUCAUAGAGCUUAUAGAUAUAGCAGUUUGCAAAUGUAUGUCACAUACUGUAUUUUUAUCAGGAAAAAUGACAAUAGAACAGACAGAAAAUGAGAGAAAGUUGUUUCAUGCAAAAGAUGGCGUGAUAUAAUUUGCUUAAUAUGCACACAGAUUGCCUCAAAGUUCAGAAUAAACCUCGUUUUUUGUAUUUAUUUAUUUUCUUGGCAUUGAACAGCUUUGAAAUGUCAUGUUUUACCAUUUGGGCGUCAAGCCAUCAAAGUCCUGCAGGAAACGUUGAGCCACUCAUGUGUUCCUCCGUCCCAUCGGGUUAAGGAGCAGCAAGCUCAUUCAGCUGGAGUUUAAAACCAGGAGUGACUUUGUGAAUAAAUCUGACUUGAUUCUGUUGUUACAGAACACAAA